AUAUUAUAUAUCUUCCAUCUUUCUACUAAUUAAUCUUUUACUGUAUUCUAAGUGUAAUGGGAGAAUUAAUCUAUGAGUUUUUCAUGUUGGCUUAUUUAUGUUUUUUCUUGUUGACAACAAAGACAUUGUCACAACAGCAAGAGCCCCAAGUUCCUUGCUUUUAUAUCUUUGGGGACUCACUUGUUGACAAUGGCAACAACAAUGGGAUACUUACACUUGCUAGGGCCAAUUACAUGCCUUAUGGUGUUGACUUCCCACAAGGCACCACUGGUCGGUUUACUAAUGGUCGUACUUAUGUCGACAUUUUAGCUCAACUUCUGGGCUUCCCCAAUUAUAUCCCUCCCUAUGCAAGAGUUCGUGGUCGAGCAUUGUUGAGAGGAGCAAAUUAUGCAUCAGGAGCAGCAGGAAUUCGAGAUGAAACGGGAAAUAACUUGGGGGAUCAUAUGCCAUUGAACCAACAAGUAGAAAACUUUGGAAGAACAGUUGAGGUUCUGAGAAGAUUAUUCAGAGGAAAUAACUAUACACUAAAUGCCUAUUUGAGCAAGUGUAUUUUCUACUCAGGAUUGGGAAGCAAUGACUACCUCAACAAUUACUUCAUGACUGAUUUUUACUCAACUCAUUCACAGUACACCCCACAAGCCUAUGCUAAUGCACUUCUUCAAGAUUAUUGCAAGCAAUUAUCGGAAUUAUACAACUUAGGAGCUCGGAAAGUGAUUGUGACCGCGGUAGGGCAAAUAGGUUGCAUACCGUAUCAGUUGGCAAGGUACGAUGGCAAUAGCAGCAGAUGUAAUGAAGAGAUCAACGAUACUAUUCUCCUCUUUAACUUAGGACUCAAAAAACUGGUUAUUCGUUUCAAUAAGGUUUUGCAAGGAGCAAAGUUUGUGUUCUUGGAUUCAUUUGAAAGCAGCAAAGAUCUUGUUGUUAAUGCAAAAACUUAUGGAUUUGAAGUGGUGGAUAAGGGCUGUUGUGGAGUUGGAAGGAACAAUGGGCAGAUAACAUGUCUUCCUCUUCAACAACCAUGUGAAGAUCGUUCCAAAUAUAUUUUUUGGGAUGCUUUUCAUCCCACUGAAGUAGCAAAUAUUCUGUUGGCAAAGAAAUCAUACUACUCCAAGUCAAAGGCAUUUGCUUAUCCAAUAAAUAUACAACAAUUGGUUGCGGUCUAAGGGGUCGUUUGGCGGGGAGAUAAGUUAUCCUGAGAUUAAUUGUUUUGAGAUUAAGCUAUCUCGAAAUUAGUUAUUCCACCCUCAAGGUGGAAUAAAAAUAAUACUACAAUCCCAAGAUAACUGAGCUCAAGAUAAGUUAUCCCAUGCAAUUUAUCCUAACCAAAUAUGGAAUAAGCUCAUUCUAAAAUUAAUCCCGAUAUUCCAUCUUUGGAAUGCUUAUUAGCUUCAUUGUGUUCUUGUUUAGUCCUUUGUUUUUUCUCUCUUAAUUGUUUUUCCUAUUGAAUUUCAAUGUAUUAAUAAGGUCGUGUACCCAACAUUCCCUCUUUAAAUGUCUCUUAUGAAUGAAAUGUUAGCACGGACGGCUCAACAAAUUUGGUGGCCUAAAACCAAUUUUUAAUAAAAAAAUUCAUAUGUAUUCAAUAAAAUUAGCUUUUGUGUGCA